ACUUACAAUCCUUUUUAUUUAAUAGGAUGAAUGCCUAAGUUUUUAGUUCAGUCAAAUAAGUUACUUCUUGUCUACCGCACAUAAUACAAAUAUAUUUAGCUGAAAAUGAAAUUUUCAUUUGCAGGUAAAAAGGUCCUUGUGACUGGGGCAGCUCAAGGUCUUGGUCGAGUAAUUGUGGAAAAAUUUGUGGAAAGUGGUGCCACGGUAUUUGCGCUCGAUGUCAACGCUGGACUCCUCAACGACCUGCAUAAAUUGCUGCCGACCAUCGUCCCAGUCCCCGUCGAUCUUGCCAACUGGGAGGAGGCUCGUCGAGCAGUGGAGGCUCUCGGCCCCUUCGACCAUUUGGUAAACAACGCUGGCAUUAUCUCGUUCGAACCCCUUUUGGAAUCAUCCGACAAAGCUAUCAACAAAAUUUUCGAUGUGAAUUUUAAAGCUGUUCUGAAUUUGUCCAUCACAUUUGCGAAAAGUGUAAUUCAAAACUCAACCACUGGCACAUCCAUUGUCAAUAUAUCAUCUUUGGCUGGCCAACGACCAUUUCCUGUGGCUGCGGUCUACUGUUGCAGUAAAGCUGCAGUGGAUAAUCUGACGAAAAGUCUUGCCAUCGAAUUUGCGACCCAUGGCAUUCGGGUCAAUGCAAUUGCUCCCGGAGCAAUGCCCACGGCUUUGAUGGCCAGUCUGCCUGAAGAAAUGCUAAAACACGUGACACCGAUAAUGGAUCGCCAAUUGGUGAAAGGGACAGCGGACUUGGAGGACGUUGCUUUCCAUGUUUUAUACCUGUCCAGCCCCUUUGCGAAAUUCAUUACUGGUAACAUUAGCACCAUAGAUGGUGGACUGCAAGUUGCAUAGACGAUUUCAGGAAGGGAUACAUGCACAUGUACACAUGUAAUUCAAAAUAAAUAAAUAAGGACAUUUCUAUAGUGUUUUGUCUGCAAUAAUUAU